AUGUAAAAUUUCUAUUUGGUUUUCACUCCAAAGUCCAAAUCCACCCGGCGCGAACUGUAUAUCUCACUCAGUCUGGUUAGUUACUACUCCACUUCACACAGUUGAUUAUUAUAAUACUUAUAAAUAUAUAUAACUCAACAAAUUGCAAAGUGCAACAAAUAAUACGAGUCCCCACUAUACUCAUACUCCCUCACUCCACAACACAAAUCUCCUUUUCUUUUCUUCUAAUUUCCAAACCUCACCGUUGUUUUUCCUUAUUAAGCAAAUUCCACACACCUAUAUUAAAACCAAACCACCACUCUACUUCUUUUAAUUAUUAUUAUUAUCAUUUGAUCGUUUUAUGAGUACGGACGAUGCCAACGCCAGUAGGAGUGGCGAGACAAUGCUUAACACCAGAAGCAGGACAAUCGCUAGACGAAGCAGUCUCCGUAGCAAAACGACGCGGACACGCACAAACGACGUCGCUUCACGCCGUUUCAGCACUAUUAUCACUACCUUCAUCUUCAAUUCUACGCGACGCCUGUUGUCGUGCGAGAAACUCGGCGUAUUCACCACGGUUACAGUUCAAAGCACUUGACCUUUGUCUUUCUGUUUCACUAGACAGAGCACCUUCUUCGCACAACAACCUUUCCUCCGAUCAUGAACCGCCUGUUUCUAAUUCUCUUAUGGCUGCGAUUAAACGCUCUCAGGCUAACCAACGCCGUCAUCCUGAUAACUUUCAUUUUUAUCAUCAACAGCAACACCAGCUUCAGAGCCAGCAAACGUUUUCCGUUUCCACUGUUAAAGUUGAGUUACAGCAUUUGAUUCUUUCUAUUCUUGAUGACCCGGUUGUUAGUCGGGUUUUCGCUGAAGCGGGUUUUCGGAGCUCCGAAAUUAAACUCGCUAUACUCCGUCCUCUCCCGCAUCUUUUUCGAUCUAGAGGUCCGCCUAUUUUUCUCUGUAAUCUCCCGGACCAGCCUCGCCGGGGAUCCGGAUUCGGGUUUGGCUCCGGGUUUCCGUUUCUUAAUGGAUUCGGGGAUUCGGAUGAGAAUUUCCGGCGAAUUGGAGAGAUUCUUGUUCGGAGUAAAGGGAGGAACCCUCUGCUUCUCGGUGCAUGUGCUAACGAUGUGCUGAUAAGUUUUGUAGAGGCUGUGGAGAAACGGAGGGAGGGGGUUUUACCUAUGGAGCUCGCGGGGUUGCGUGUGGUUUGCAUUAGGAAGGAAUUGGAGAGUGGUGAUGGUAAGGUUUUGGGUUUGAGGUUGAGGGAGAUUGGUGUUAUGGCGGAGGAGUGUGUGGGACCAGGUGUAGUUGUGAGUUUUGGGGAUUUGAAGGGUUUUUUGAAUGAGGAUGGGUUUGGAGAAGGUGUUAUGGAAUUGGCUAAAUUGUUGAAGGUUCAUUGUGAUAAGUUUUGGUUGGUGGGUUCUGCUGAUAGUUAUGAGAGUUACUUGAAAUUUCUGGGUAGGUUUUCUUCCGUGGAGAAAGAUUGGGAUUUGCAGAUUCUUCCUAUCACUUCUGUUAAGCCUUUUGAAUCAUAUCAUCAGAGACCUAAGUCCAGCUUAAUGGAUUCAUUUGUACCAUUUGGAGGCUUUUUUUCAUCGCAGUCUGAUUUGAAAGGUCCACAAAAUGGCUCAUUUUGUUGUGUUCCUCAGUGUCAACAAUGCGGUGAAAAGUGUGAACAUGAACUCCUUGCUGCUUCAAAGGAAAGAUUUUCCAUUUCAGCUCCCGAUCCAUACCCAUCUAACUUACCUCAAUGGUUGAAGACUACUGAAUUUGGCAAAGCAAAAGCAUUGGAUGUUAAGACCAAAGAUGAUGGUGUUUUGCUGGAUAGUAGCAAAUCUGUGACGCUGCGGAAUAACUCAGACAACAUAUGCCAACUUCUGCAUCAGCGUACCACCGACGCAAAUACUUGUCAAACUGUUGUGGGGUUUCAUUGUACUGACAACAAAAAUGAUUGCGCUGACAAAUCACCUAGUGAAUACAUCAAUCUCAACUCUCGCAUACCUAUUGGCGUUCAAACGAUAUCUCCAUCACAAUCCAACAGUCCUUUUCCUGCUCUCUUCACGGCGAAGCAGGAGAAAAAUACUCCAAAACUAACAGAGAUGUUCCAGAAAGUAAAAGAUCUCGAGUCAGGUGACCAAAGAUCAUGUAACAUGUCCAGUUCAAGUUUGUGCGAUGAAAAUCAACUGUCUCCAACAUCUGUGACUUCUGUAACCACAGAUCUAGGCUUGGGAAUAUGCUCCUCUCCCACCAGCAAUAAACUGAAGAAACCUGAAGUUCAAUAUACAAUGGAGCCUCCAAAGGAAACCCGUAAUCAAUUUUCUUCAAGCUUUAAUUUGGAUGAAGGGAAUAUCAGGAAGCAUCCGUCACAAUCUUCAUCCUGCUUAAGUUUUGACUAUUGUGGACAAGUUGAUGCAAGAAAUCCUAAAAUUCUUUUUGAAGCUCUCUCCAAGGAGGUAAGCUGGCAAGAUGAAGCCUUAAGGGCUAUUAUCAAAACAAUAUUCUGUGGUCCAACAAAACGGGUUAAUGACCAUGGAGCAAACCAGAGGGGGGACAAAUGGAUGAAUUUUGUUGGACCUGAUAGGCAUGGUAAAAAGAAAAUUGCUGUUUCUCUAGCCGAGUUACUGUAUGGAAGCCGAGAAAAAUUUACUUCUGUGGAUCUAAGUUCCGAAGAAAUGAAUGGAUGUGUGAAAUUCAGAGGGAAGACUAACCUUGAUUUUAUUGUAGAUGAGUGCUGCAAGAAACCAUUGUCAGUUGUUUUCAUUGAAAAUGUUGACAGAGCGGAUAUAGUAGCUCAAAGUAGUUUGUCUCAGGCCAUGAAGACAGGAAAAAUUGCAGACUCGCAUGGACGAGAAGUUAGUGUAAAUAAUGCUAUAUUUGUGUUUUCUUUCUCAGGUUACCAAAAUAGUUUGAUGCAAACAAGGGAACCUUCCUACUAUUCUGAGGAAAGAAUACUGAGAGCAAAGGGGGGAGGUAUCAAGAUAGAAGUUGAAUAUGCGGUUAGAGACAUCAGAAGCCAAAGCAUCAUAGCUAACAAUUCAAUAGAUGUCAUUCCUAAUCUAAUUUUCAUCAACAAACGAAAAUUGAUUUGUGACAAUGAACUUUAUGAUCACCAUUUACUCUCAGAUACGGUUAAAAGGGCACAUACAAUGUCGAAUCGGCUGUUAGAUUUGAAUCUUCCAGCUGAAGAAAAUGAACAGAAACAAACCGAAGAUGGAAACUCCGACCAUUUCUCAAGUGAGAACCAAAACCUUUGGUUGCAAGAUUUGUAUAAUCAGGUGGAUGAAACAGUUGUUUUUAAACCAUAUGAUUUUGACGCGCUUGCAGAUAGAGUGUUGAAAUUGGUCAGAAGUAACUUCAAAAAAAUUAUUGGAUCUGAAUGUGCCUUACAAAUCCAAACAGAAGUCAUGGACCAAUUGCUUGCAGCCGCAUAUGUUGCAGACAGGGAUAUGGAUGUGGAGAACUGGGUUGAGCAAGUUCUCUGUGGAGGAUUCAAUGAAGUGCAGAGUAGAUACAACCUCACUGGUAGUUCUAUUGUGAAACUAGCCACAUGUUCAGAGCAAGCUGCAAGUGUACACCUUCCACCAAGAAUAAUCUUAGACUGAAUUACCAUCAGCCAUUGUUGUCUUAUCUACUUGGAUGUAUAAUUUAGCUGUACCAUAUAGUGAAGCGAUUUUUGCGUUUAAUCCUAUUAUUAUUUUUGGGUUUUAUUGUCUAGGUUUCAGUUGUGUAUAAUCUGUAAUUUGCAGCUAGUGAUUCGUGUGAUUAUCCUUUUAUAAUAAAUCAAAUUUCAUCUUUGUUUAUGUAAGUUGUUGCUUGAUGUAAUUGAUUAAUACAAUAUAGUGAUGAGUCAAUGUAGACUGGAAAAAAAAAAGGUGUUUAUGUUUUGUGACUGAAUAAUGAAUGAGCAAGCAAUUGGAAAUUCUUCUCUAA